AUGCAAGUGGCUGUGUCCCAUCCUGGCAGGGACGCGGCGGUGGACAUGGGCAGAGCGCCGGCGCACGCUCUGCUACUGUCGAUGGUGCUGGGCUGCUCGGCUGCCUUCACGGACCUCCUGCUGCCAGGCCCCGAGGAGCCGGUGGUCAACGUGGCCGUGGUGUUUGGGGGCACCUCCUACCCCCUGCACAUCCGCUCCCGCCUGAGCCCCCAGAGCUUCCUGGACAUGCCCUUGGAGAUCCACCCCAUCACGGUCGUCGUCAACAACACCAACCCCAGCACCCUCCUCACCCAGAUCUGCAACAUCCUCGCCAGUCACAAGAUCCACGGCAUCAUCUUCGAGGACAACGUCGGCACGGAGGCCGUGGCCCAGAUCCUUGACUUCAUCUCCUCCCAGACACAGGUCCCCAUCAUCAGCAUCAGUGGGGGCUCUGCUGUGGUCCUGACCCCAAAGGAGCCCGGCUCGGCUUUCCUGCAGUUGGGUGUCUCCAUCGAGCAGCAAAUCCAGGUGAUCUUCAAGGUGCUGGAGGAAUACGACUGGGGCUCCUUCGCUGUCAUCACCAGCCUCUACCCGGGCUACAACAUCUUCCUGGACGUCAUCCGCUCCUUCACGGAUGCCAGCUACUUUGGCUGGGAGCUGCAGGAGGUGCUCACCUUUGAGAUGAGCCAGGAGCAGAGCAGCUCCAGGACGCAGCGGCUCCUGCGGCAGAUCGAUGCCCAGGUUCUCAUUGUCUAUUGCUCCCGAGAGGAGGCCGAAUACCUCUUCACCAUGGCAGAACAAGCUGGCCUUGUGGGGCCAGGCUAUGUCUGGAUUGUGCCCAGCCUGACAGUGGGCAACAUGGAGGUGCCACCCGCCUCCUUCCCCGUCGGCCUCAUCAGUGUGGUGACGGAGAGCUGGAAGCUGAGCCUGCGGCAGAAGGUGCGGGAUGGGGUGGCCAUCAUCGCCAUGGGGGCGGCCAGCUUCUUCCGGGCCUAUGGCUACCUCCCGGAGGUGGGACGGGACUGCUGGGCCUCCGCUGGGGCCACCGCCACCAAUACCAGCUUCUACCGGCACCUCCUCAAUGUGACGUGGGAGCACAGGGACUUCUCCUUCAAUGAAGGUGGCUACCUGAUCAGGCCCACCAUGGUGGUGAUCUCACUCAACCAGCACCGGCUCUGGGAGAUGGUGGGCAAGUGGGAGAAAGGCAUCAUCCACAUGAAGUACCCGGUGUGGCCCCGCUACGGCUCCUUCCUGCAGCCUGUGGCUGAUAACCGGCACCUGACGGUGGCCACCUUGGAGGAGAGGCCCUUCGUCAUCGUGGAGAACACGGACCCCAGCACCGGGGUCUGCGUGCGCAACACAGUGCCCUGCCGCAAGCAAACCAACUCCUCCCAGAGUGGUGAUGGCCUCGUGGAUCCCUACACCAAGCUGUGCUGCAAGGGCUUCUGCAUCGACAUCCUGAAGAAGCUGGCCAAGGCAGUGAAGUUCUCCUAUGACCUCUAUCUGGUGACCAAUGGCAAACAUGGCAAGAUUGUCCGCGGGGUCUGGAACGGCAUGAUUGGAGAGGUGUACUACAAGCGCGCAGACAUGGCCAUCGGCUCCCUCACCAUCAACGAGGAGCGCUCGGAGAUCGUGGAUUUCUCUGUGCCCUUCGUGGAGACCGGCAUCAGCGUCAUGGUGGCCAGGAGCAACGGCACCGUCUCACCCUCUGCCUUCCUGGAGCCCUACAGCCCGGCCGUGUGGGUCAUGAUGUUCGUGAUGUGCCUCACCGUCGUGGCUGUCACUGUCUUCGUGUUCGAGUAUUUCAGCCCUGUCGGCUACAACCAGAACCUCACCAGCGGCAAGAGGCCGGGAGGUCCCUCCUUCACCAUCGGCAAGUCGGUGUGGCUGCUGUGGGCGCUGGUCUUCAACAACUCGGUGCCCAUCGAGAACCCCAAAGGCACCACCAGCAAGAUCAUGGUGCUCAUCUGGGCCUUCUUUGCUGUCAUCUUCCUCGCCAGCUACACCGCCAACCUGGCCGCCUUCAUGAUCCAGGAGCAGUACAUCGACACUGUGUCGGGGCUCAGCGACAGGAAGUUUCAGAAGCCGCAGGAGCAGUACCCCCCGUUCCGCUUCGGCACCGUCCCCAAUGGCAGCACCGAGAGGAACAUCCGCAGCAACUACCCCGACAUGCACACCCACAUGGUGAAGUACAACCAGCGCUCCGUGGAGGAUGCCCUCACCAGCCUCAAAAUGGGGAAGCUGGAUGCUUUCAUCUAUGAUGCGGCGGUGCUCAACUACAUGGCAGGCAAGGACGAGGGCUGCAAGCUGGUGACCAUUGGCAGCGGGAAGGUGUUUGCCACCACGGGCUACGGCAUCGCCCUGCAGAAGGACUCGCGUUGGAAGCGGGCCAUUGACCUGGCCCUGCUCCAGUUCCUGGGAGACGGUGAGACCCAGAAGCUGGAGACGGUUUGGCUGUCGGGGAUCUGCCAGAAUGAGAAGAAUGAGGUGAUGAGCAGCAAGCUGGACAUCGACAACAUGGCCGGGGUUUUCUACAUGCUGCUGGUGGCCAUGGGGCUGAGCCUGCUAGUCUUCGCCUGGGAGCACCUCAUCUACUGGAAGCUGCGUCACUCGGUCCCCAAAUCCCACAAGCUUGACUUCCUCCUGGCCAUCAGCAGGGGCAUCUACAGCUGCUUCAAUGGGGUGCAGACCCUGGCAAGCCCUGGGCGGGCACCCACGCCUGACGUCACGGCCAGCUCGGCGCAGGCUAACGUGCUGAAGAUGCUGCAAGCAGCCAAGGAGAUGGUGUCAACGGCCAGCGUGGGCGGCUCACUGGAGCAGGCCACCCGUACCAUCGAGGACUGGA